CGGCCGCAGCAGGUUGGGCUGCGCGCGCAUAUAUAGGCCGGCGCCGGAGCACGCGUGUGUGCGGACGCCGCUGCGUGAGGGCAUUCCGCGUUCCCGCGCCCGGAGCCUCGCUCGUCGCUGCCCCGUUCAGCCGCGCAGGUCGACUUCGUCAAAGCGAUGGUGAUGGAGAAGCCGAGCCCCCUGCUGGUCGGGCGGGAGUUCGUGCGGCAGUACUACACGCUGCUCAACCAGGCCCCCGACAUGCUGCACCGGUUCUACGGGAAGAACUCCUCCUACGUCCACGGGGGCCUGGACUCCAACGGGAAGCCCGCGGACGCCGUCUACGGCCAGAAGGAGAUCCACAGGAAGGUGAUGGCUCAGAACUUCACCAACUGCCACACGAAGAUCCGCCACGUGGACGCGCACGCCACCCUCAACGACGGCGUGGUGGUGCAGGUGAUGGGGCUGCUGUCCAACAACAACCAGGCGCUGCGGCGCUUCAUGCAGACCUUCGUGCUGGCGCCUGAGGGCUCCGUGGCCAACAAGUUCUACGUCCACAACGACAUCUUCAGGUACCAGGACGAGGUCUUCGGGGGCUUCGUCACGGAGCCGCAGGAGGAAUCCGAGGAGGAGGUGGAGGAGCCUGAGGAGAGACAGCAGACACCUGAAGCCGUCCCCGAUGAUGCUGGAACGUUCUACGACCAGGCCGUCGGCAACGACUUGGAGGAGCACUUAGAGGGGCCCGGAGCCGAGCCGGAGCCGGACCCUGAGCCCGAGGGGGAGCCAGAGCCCGUGCCAGAGCCCCACGAGGAGAAGCCGGAGGCCGCCCUGGAGGAGGCCGCCCCCGAGGAUGCCCAGAAGAGCCCCUCGCCGGCCCCCGCGGAUCUGGGCCCUGCCGCCCAGGAGGACCUGCGGACCUUCUCGUGGGCCUCGGUGACCAGCAAGAACCUGCGUCCCAGCGGCGCCGUGCCGGUGACGGGCAUCCCGCCGCACGUGGUGCGGGUGCCGGCGCCCCAGCCGCGCCCCGAGUCCAAGGCCGAGCCGCAGGCGCCUGCGCAGAGGCCGCAGCGGGACCAGCGGGCGCGCGAGCCGCGGCUCAACCCGCCCCCGCAGCGGGGACCCCGGCCCGUGCGCGAGCCCACGGAGCCGGGGGACGUGGAGCCCCGGCGGAUGGUGCGGCACCCGGACAGCCACCAGCUCUUCAUCGGGAACCUGCCCCACGAGGUGGACAAGUCGGAGCUCAAGGACUUCUUCCAGACCUACGGCACCGUCCUGGAGCUGCGCAUCAACAGCGGCGGGAAGCUGCCCAACUUCGGCUUCGUGGUGUUCGACGACGCCGAGCCCGUCCAGAAGGUCCUUAGCAACCGGCCCAUCAUGUUCCGCGGGGAGGUGCGCCUGAACGUGGAGGAGAAGAAGACGCGGGCGGCCCGCGAGGGCGACCGGCGCGACAACCGCCUGCGCGGCCCCGGGGGCCCCCGUGGGGGGCUGGGCGCCGGCCUGCGCGGGCCGCCGCGGGGGGGCCUGGUGCCCAAGCCCGGCUUCGGGGUGGGCCGGGGCCUGGCCCCCCGGCAGUGAGUGGCAUGCCGCUAGCCGGCUGGCCGC